AUGCAAGUAAUCAACAAGCAAUUAUUCAUCAUAUUUCUUUUCAUUAUUUAUUCAUCAUGUUUGUACAGUUUAAUAGAACAUCAUAAAACAUGUAUCGGUAAAUCAUUAACAUACCGUGAUAUUGAAAAACAUUUUAAUUCAUCAUCAAAUCUAUUCUUUUUAUUUGGUAUAAAUAUUCAUCGACCAUUUCUAAAUGAAUAUGAUCAAACACAUGCUGAUGCAAACAUAUUUAUUAUAGUUAUUUGUAAAAGUAAUUCAUCUGAUUGUAUUUUACAAAGUGGAUCAUUACCAGUUGAAUAUAAACUUGAAUUUAGUAUUGAUGGUGUACCAUAUAGUGAUAAACAUUCAAAAAUUGAUCGUCUAUGGCAUCGAACAAAAUUGAUUAAUUAUGAAUUUCUUUAUGAACCAUAUAAUUCUCAUUCAUGUUAUGAUAAACCAGAGAAUGAGAAAGGUUCAAUUUGGAAAAAUUUUAUUAUGAAUAUGGAUUCAAAUGAAGAUGAAAAUAUUUAUUCAAAAUGGGUUGAAUUUAAUAUAGAAAUUAGUGAUGCUGGAGUUCAGUUUAUUGAAGGACAACAAUUAUAUAAUAAUACUGUUGUUCAACAAUUUACAUUAUACUUUUUUGUACCAACAUUUCAAUGUUUACAACCACCAUUAAUUUAUUUUGAUGGUUUUAUUUCUAGUAAAAUUUAUCUAUCAGCUUUUCAUUUUCAAUUAAUAUCACAUAAAUGUGAUUUACAUAAAUAUACAUGUUAUUUACAAAUGACAAAAGUACGAAUAGAUAAAUUGAGUUUAACAAAUAUGACAUUUUAUGAAAGUGAUACACUUAAUAUAAGUAUUAAUAAUCCAUUAUUUUUUUCUCAACGAAUUUCAUAUGAACAAAGUAUAAAACCAACUAAUUUUAUUGAUCGUAUUUAUGAAAAAGUGACCAUUGAAAAUAAUAUUUCAUUAUCUGAUAAUGAAUUUUAUCGUAAUGCAACAUGUAUUAAUAAAAAUGUAAUAACAUCAAGACAAUAUAUUUUAUGUACACAUGAUUAUUUCAAAAAUGAAUCCAUAAUAACAACAUUUCGAAUAGAUAUUAUUUUAUGUAGAUAUUCUAGAACAAAUACUAAUCAAUGUAUCUUUACUUUAUAUCAACAUGUAUUAGACGAACAUUUACGUUUAUUCAUACCAAUUAAAGGUGAUAAUAUAACAUUUGUUGGAUUUAUACGUCUUUCAACAGUCUUACCAAAUAAUGAAUGGACUAAUCAUCUUAAUGAACACUAUGAUAAAAUAUAUGCAAAUCAUCUAACAAAUAUGUAUGAUCAUAUGAUUGAAAUUAAAUCGAAUAUUAAUAGUCAAAAUUCCAUUAUUCGUUAUUAUCAAAUCAUAACUGAUCAAAUUCGUCUAUGUCAUCUCAUAUGUCGAAAUAAUUGUGUACAACAAUCACCAAAUCAUACAGAUUAUUAUAUAUCAACAUCAAAUAUUGAAUUAAUAUUAUUUUGUGUUAAAUGUAAUUUUAAUGAAACUUAUAAUAAAUUAAAUCAUUCAAUUGUUUAUUCUUACAUAAAAUUAUCACGUGAUGUUGCAUUAUUUAGAAUUCAAAUUACUAAUAGAGUUCCACCAAUAUCUUUCAAUUGUAUUAAUAAUCAAAAUAAAAGAUUAAUAGUCAAAGCAAAAUUUCAUUUAAUUAAUCAUACUCGAACAUUUUCUUGUUCAAUUAAUCCAAUGAUAAUUUAUCCAUAUCAUGAUGAAAUUAUUCUUGAAUGCAAUAAUUUUAGUACACGUGCAGAUAUUAUUAUUUGGGCUAUAACUAAAUUAAAUCAUGAAGAAGUUCGUAUUUUACUUAAUCCAUUAUAUGUUACUAAUGAAAUAUUUAAUUCAAAAAUUCGAAUGAAAAUUAAUGGUAUUCCACAUGGUAAUCAAGUCAUAUUAGAAAUAUCCUCAUCAUUAUUUGGAAUAAUUGAACGUUACGAAUUAUUGAUGAUGAAUCUAACUCAUAAAUUACUUAUAAAAAUGAAUAUAGCUUUAGAAUGGAAUUAUUUUUCUAGUGCAUUUCAAUUAAUGGAUCAUUAUUUAAAAAUCUAUGAAGAUGAUUUUUAUCUGUUAAAAAAUGGAACUAAUCCACGUUUCUAUUUAGUUGGUCUUAAUCAAACAUCAUAUUUAAUUAGUGUAAUUAAUUAUUAUCGUUUAGUUUUAAAUUAUAUUGAUAAAGAAUUACUUUAUAUCAAAGCAAUAGAUUUUUCACAAAAAAUCUAUUCAGCUAUUUCAACACAUUUAUUCAAAUAUCAAAUCUUCUAUCCGGAACCAGACAAUGUUUAUCUCAAUGAUUAUUUGUCUUUGUUAGUUCAAUUAUCUUCACGACCUAAAAUCAUCACUUAUCAAACAUAUCAUCUAUUUCGACAUUUAAUGAAAUUUAUGUCCAUGUCUUUACCUAACACAUCACCUUCAUUUCUUAGAAAAUUAUUUGAUCUCUGUAUAAAUUUACGUAUAUAUGUCACUGAUCCAAAAUCAAUACCAAUAUCAACCAUAAUUGAUACAAAAAGUUUAUUUGAAUUUAAUCAAAUAAUUAGUCGAAUUCUCACUAUGAUUCAUACUGAAUUAACAUUAAAUGGAUAUUCUGAUAGACGAAUGCAACAAAUCGAUAAUGGUCCACUUGAUUUUAUUCUUAAUAUGACAACACCAUACAUUACAAAACGUUGGCUUCUAAAAUUUGGUAAAUCAUCAUCAAUUUAUCCUAAUCAAAAUAUUAACAACUAA